AUGCCCUAUUCUUCGAAAGAGGCCAUCCAUGCCUUUUUCCAUACCAUUCCCGAUACAUCUGCUCUUCAUAGCCAACUAACUCUUCUCUUUGUGUGUCAUAAAACGUACGGCGCUAUGGAUGUGGUGGUGCUGUUUGGCGUAGAGUAUAGGAAUGGAGACUGUGAUGUGGAGACUGGAAUCCUACAGAAAAUCCGAUAUGAAAUCACUAAAUUUAGUACUGAAGUAGCGAUAAACGCCUCUGAAAAACAUCACGGCAAACAUACCGUAAAUCACGUCUCCGGCGAUGAGAAAUGUCCACCUCCUAAGCGACUCAAGAAGUCAGACAUUGUUAAUGAUUUACAGGCGAAGACAUCGAUUCCAUAUUCCGACGAUUAAUGUGUUUUUUGGGCCAAAAUAAUAAGAAUUUCAUGAAAAUGUUUUGUUAAUAUUUUAUAGCCGUGGAUAUGAAUGACAUUGUGUUGGCUCAGCCCUAAAAGUUUUUCGCAGGCGAUGAUAGCCUGGCGUCUCAUUUAAAACAAAGUACACCCCAUCGACAGGUCAUAAACUGUUUCUAAUCGACAAAAUCAUAAAACUGUUUAAGUGUUUGCGUGUAUUAUAUAUACGUCUGUCUCCGGUAUGAUAUGUUGGGCUCUCAUGUCUUCCACGGUCUCCGCAGUCACUGACAGUCAUCCUCACAGCUAUAGUCAUCAUAAUUGAGCGCAAAAUAUUGUGGCGAAAACCCAUUUCAUUCACAGCCAGUCUCUUUUGGCUCUCUCU